GCUUUGGCGAGUGUUAGUCAAUGAUUGAGUCAACUACAUUUGUCAAAUCCCACGUUCUGCAUCAUCUUCAUGCAAGAAUAUCGCUCCAAGAGCAGGGGUAUCUUCUUCAUGAGACAACCGAGUAUGACCAUCAUCAGAUUGUCACCAUCACACCACCAUUCACUUCACGCUGCAAACAAAAUCAGGAGAGGGAUUUGUAGCAGGUAGGACCUUGGUGGAAAAUCAGCGGAGGAAGAACGUUGGUAAUAAUGAUGAGGGUGAUGGUGAUGGGCUGUCAGAC